CACAGCAUAGAGGCGUCGCUGAAAACAUUCACCCGUUUACCACAUAGACACACCGCUAGAGACCCGUUUCACAAUAAACAGAUAAGGCAACAAUUACUUUCUGAGCCGCUCGGAUUGUAAACGCUUCUUUCCUCAGAUCGCAAUGAAACGAGGAGAGCAUGGGGGCUAAAGAGUCGAGGAUAGGAUUCCUGUCGUAUGACGAGGCUGUCAAGAGAGUUACUGAUGUGGAACUGAAGCGGCUGAAAGAUGCCUUUAAGAGAACCAGCGGCCUCUCGUUUUACAUGACCCAGCAGUGCUUCUACAGAGAAGUGCUGGGAGAUGGAGUUCCUCCGAAAGUUGCAGAGGUGAUCUACAGCUCGUUUGGAGGCUCCUCCAAAGGGCUGCACUUCAACAACCUGAUAGUGGGCCUGGUGCUGCUGACCAGAGGGCGUGAUGAGGAGAAGGCUAAGUAUCUCUUCAGCCUGUUUGCCAGCGAUCUCGGUGGAUAUGCUGUCAGGGAAGAUAUCGAGGCUGUUCUGCAGGUCCUGGAUGGAGAGAUCCCAUCCUGCCUGAAGAUGUGCUUCACAGAGAGUGACAAGGUGAACUAUGAGCGCUUCAGGAACUGGCUCCUGCAGAACAAGGAGGCCUUCACUCUGUCCCGAUGGCUUCUCUCCACAGGAGUGUGUGUCACACUGACAGAUGACAGUGACACACCCACAUUCUACCAGACCCUUGCUGGUGUCACACACUUGGAGGAGUCUGACAUAAUAGACUUGGAGAAGCGCUACUGGCUGCUGAAAGCCCAGUCCAGAACCGGCCGCUUUGACUUGGAAACCUUUGUCCCCCUGGUCUCUCCUCCCAUCCAUGCCUCGCUGAGUGAAGGCCUUUUUCACGCCUUCGAUGAAAAUCGGGACAAUCACAUCGACUUUAAAGAGAUCUCUUGUGGACUGUCAGCCUGCUGUAGGGGGCCUGUCGCUGAAAGGCAGAAAUUUUGCUUCAAAGUGUUUGAUGUGGACCGUGACGGGGUUCUGUCUCGAGAUGAGCUCCAUGAGAUGGUUGUUGCCUUGCUGGAGGUGUGGAAGGAUAAUCGCACAGACACAAUCCCUGAGCUGCAGAGUAGCGUGUCAAACAUAGUGGAGGAGAUUCUGAAUAUGCACGACACGACCAAGCUGGGUCACUUGACCCUUGAAGACUACCAGAUCUGGAGCGUGAAGAGCGCUUUGGCCAACGAGUUCCUAAACCUGCUCUUUCAGGUUUGCCACAUAGUGUUGGGCCUCAGGCCUGCCACUCCUGAAGAGGAAGGGCAGAUCAUCAGGGGCUGGUUAGAGAGGGAGAGCAGACAUGGACUGCAGCAAGGCCAGAACUGGUUCCUGAUCUCCAUGCUGUGGUGGCAGCAGUGGAAAGACUACGUUAAAUAUGAGCAUAAAGGCAUCGUUGUGGAACAGCCGUCCAUUCUGAGCUCACUCAGAGCCCCAAUGGCCACAGCCACUGUGGCGCCCACACAUCCUGACAGACUUACGGGUCUGGGAUCCUUUGGCCCUUCCAGCCCCUCAGAUGAGAAGUCCCCUGAUGCUGUGUCCAGUGCUUCAGAAGCGACAGAAACCGCACUGAGUCCUCAGCUUGCUCCAUCAGCAGCAGAGAGUUGUUUCGCCCGUCAGCACAACAUAUCAGAAAAUAACAAUCAGUGUUUUUCUGGAGCCAAUGGCCACCUGCCCUCCCAGCUGACAGCACAAAGGCCUGGAGCCAUCGACAACCAGUCUCUGGUCACCACCGAUCCCAUAAAGGCCCCUACAUUAACUAUGGAGGGUGGAAGGCUGAAGCGCUCUUUGCAGCUGGUGCCUGGUAGAGACUUUGAGAUGGUGCCAGAGCCAGUGUGGCGGGCACUCUACCACUGGUACGGUGCCAACCUGAGCCUGCCUCGACCGGUUAUCCUGGAAAGCAAGAUUGGUCAAGCAGAGCUGGAACUCUUCCCCCGCUACCUCCUCUUUCUCCGCCAGCAGCCCGCCACCCGGUCCCCCCAGUCCAACAUCUGGGUCAAUAUGGGUAUGACCAGCCUGCGAAUGUUCCCACCGUAUUUGCCACCACCAAGAGGAAACGUCCCAUCUCCAAACGCUCCUCUGAAGAGGAUGCUGGCCUACACCGGCUGCUUCAGCCGCAUGGCCACCAUCAAGGACAUCCACCUGUACCUGUCACAGAGGCUCCGCAUCAAGGAGGAGGACAUGAGGCUCUGGCUUUACAACAGCGAGAACUACCUCACCCUCCUUGAUGAUGAAGACCACACACUGGAUAGUCUAAAGAUCCAGGAUGAGCAGCAGCUUAUUAUUGAGGUCAGGAACAAGGACAUGAGCUGGCCUGAGGAAAUGUCCUUCAUUGCCAACAGCUGCAAAAUGGACAGACACAAAGUUCCUACUGAGAAAGGAGCAACUGGCCUCAGUAACCUUGGCAACACAUGUUUCAUGAACUCCAGCAUCCAGUGUGUGAGCAACACCAAGCCUCUGUCAGACUACUUCCUCUCAGGAAGACACCUCUACGAGCUCAACAGGACUAACCCCAUUGGAAUGAGAGGUCACAUGGCCAAGUGUUAUGGAGACUUGGUGUUGGAGCUGUGGAGUGGGACGCAGAAGAGCGUGGCACCGCUCAAACUCAGGUGGACAAUAGCAAAGUAUGCUCCACGCUUCAAUGGCUUCCAGCAGCAGGAUUCCCAGGAGCUACUGGCAUUCCUUCUUGAUGGCCUCCAUGAAGAUCUGAACAGGGUCCACGAGAAGCCUUAUGUGGAGCUGAAGGACAGUGAUGGCCGGCCUGACUGGGAGGUGGCUUCUGAGGCCUGGGAGAACCACCUUCGCCGGAACCGCUCCAUUGUAGUGGAUCUGUUCCACGGUCAGCUGAAGUCCCAGGUGAAGUGUAAAACCUGCGGUCACAUCAGCGCCCGCUUUGACCCCUUCAACUUCCUGUCUCUGCCUCUGCCCAUGGAUAGCUCCAUGCAUCUAGAGAUCACUGUCAUUAAACUGGAUGGCUCCACACCUGUACGGUAUGGUCUGAGGUUGAACAUGGAUGAGAAGUACACAGGGCUGAAGAAACUGCUGAGCGAGCUGUGCAGCCUGAAGCCUGAGCAGAUCCUCCUGGCUGAGGUCCAUGCUUCCAACAUUAAGAACUUCCCUCAGGACAACCAGAAGGUUCGUCUCUCUGUCAAUGGCUUCCUCUGUGCAUUUGAGGUCCCGGUGCCAGGUUCACCAACCUCUCUGAGCUCGCCCACACUCACAGAUAUCACUCCAACAGUCAACGGCUCAGCUGCUAAUGGCCACCUGAUCCCUAAUGGUGGGCUCGGCACCAUGGUGCCUUGCAGCCCAGAGAUACCCCUGGUCAAUGGGGUCGCCAAUGGACAUAUCACACCUGUGCAGGAGAGCCCUUUUAUUGGCUACAUCAUCGCCAUGCACCGGAAGAUGAUGCGUACAGAGUUGUACUUCCUGUCAUCUCAAAAGAACCGCCCCAGCCUGUUUGGAAUGCCGCUCAUAGUUCCCUGCACGGUCCACACCAGUAAGAAGGACCUGUAUGAUGCAGUCUGGAUCCAAGUGUCCCGACUGGCCAGCCCACUGCCCCCACAGGAGGCUAGCAACCAUGCCCAGGACUGUGACGACAGCAUGGGUUACCAGUACCCUUUCACUCUCCGGGUCGUGGGAAAGGAUGGCAAUUCAUGUGCUUGGUGUCCCUGGUACAGGUUCUGCAGAGGCUGCACCAUAGAGUGUACAGAAGACAGAGCUUCUGUAGGGAAUGCUUAUAUAGCUGUGGACUGGGACCCCACCGCCCUGCACCUUCGCUACCAGACCUCCCAGGAGAGGAUUGUGGAGGAGCACUGCAGUGUGGAGCAGUCUCGUCGAGCUCAGGCUGAGCCCAUCAGUUUGGACAGCUGUCUAAAGGCCUUUACCAGUGAGGAGGAGCUGGGGGAGGAUGAGCUCUACUACUGCUCAAAGUGCAAGACCCACCGGCUGGCCACCAAGAAGCUGGACCUCUGGAGGCUGCCACCAAUACUGAUUGUCCACCUGAAGCGCUUCCAGUUUGUAAACGGUCGCUGGAUAAAGUCUCAGAAAAUUGUCAAAUUCCCUCGGGAGAAUUUUGACCCUAGCGCCUUUCUGGCUCCCAGAGACCUGGAGCAUCGCUCCCUCCACUCCCGAAGUGAGAGCGAGGACCUACUGAGGGUUGGAGAAGAUAACCUGUCAUCCAUCUCUGCUCCAGCUGGCUUCUGCAACCUGCCCAAAGCCUCUCCCACCUCAAGCAGGAGAUCAGCACCUUCUCUGAGUCGGAACAGCAGCCCAUCUGGUAGUCCAAAGUCCGGUGGUCGCAGACCGGGCCGGCUACGGCUGCCCCAGCUUGGCAGCAAGCACUGGCUUUCCAUCAGCAAGGAGAACUUAGAUGGAGAUGCGUCUUCUGAAGCUGACUCCCGGGACAGUGUGCCACAGACAGAAGUAGAGGCAGGAGUCACAGGAGCAGCAGGGCUUGUCUGCUCAGGUGAUCAGAUGGCAUCAGAGUCAUCCUGUGGUACAGAGGCCUCCAGCAGCCACUGUGACGUAAUCGUGAUGAAUGGAGACAGCAACGGGAUGGGAUCGGACUGCAGCAUAGAGAGCAACGUGGACCCUGACAGUUCUCUGCUUCAGCACAGAGACAUGUGUCUGGAUCCCCUCUACAACCUCUAUGCAAUAUCAUGUCAUUCAGGAAUCAUGGGAGGGGGCCACUAUGUGACAUAUGCCAAAAACCCCAACGACAAGUGGUACUGUUACAAUGACAGCAGCUGCAAGGAAGUGCAUUCUGAAGAGAUCGACACCGACUCGGCCUACAUCCUGUUCUACGAGCAGCAGGGAGUCGACUACUCCCAGUUCCUGCCAAAGAUUGAUGGCAAGAAGAUGGCCGACACCAGUAGCAUGGAUGAAGACUUUGAGUCUGACUAUAAGAAAUACUGCGUCCUUCAGUGAUUGUGCGACGUCUUCUAUCAGUCAGCACUACACCUGCGUCCCAGGUGUAGUGCUGGGACGCAGGACGCACCAGCUGUUUGGAUCCCUCUGAAGAAUUCUCCCAGACUGCUAAUGGCUACAAGCCUUUAGGGAGGCAUCGCAGCACUUUUUAGUCAAUCCAAAAUCUAGAUAAAUGAGAUUUGCACCACCCCUCAUCUCCUUUUUGAAAGCACUAAUGGGGUGCACUUUGUUGGGCCCAGAAAAAACCCUGAAUCCUCCUUAAUGUGUAUUUUGCCAUAACAAACCUGUAACAUUUAGCUGAACCUAGCAGAUCUCUGAAUCGAUGCCAAUGAGGCUAAGUCAUGAAAUUGUUACUUUCUCACUGUGCAUUCAUCACCUGAGAUGAUGGAAGGAAAGAAGGAAUAUAUGACUGAUGUUUUUUAAUCAGAGGAGUAACAGUGUUGAUGUUCGCUAGGUGUGAAUAUAAGGCUGACAUUUGGAGACAGAUAAAGUUUGAAAUGCCAUCUGGAAAUAGUUAAAAAAAAAAAAACCAGUAUGCGUGUGCUGGUGUCAUAUUUGGUGCCACAGGCCGUUAUGAAGAUGAAAUUCAUUAUCUAGACUAUUGGAUACUGUGAGAUGCUUUUUAAAGCUGUUUUAUUAGCGAUAGUUUGUCACUAGGGUUAACGUCAUAUGCUACCUCAUCUUCCCAUCAUGCAGUUUGUGCAGCAGCUGUAGCCUAAAUGUAUGAAUCAGUGUUAACGAGAAAUAUGUUGUUCCUCCCAUUGUAGUAGACGAGAUAAAUGCAUUUCAGAGUCCCCACAUCAAAAAAACUAAAUCUAACCCCCUUUCCUGGAGACUUCCACAGUUCCUGAGGCUGAGAUGAAAAUAGUCCCACACCUGCCAAAUUUAAGUGCUGAUGUGUAAAAUACAGAGGUGCGUAAAGCCACAACUCCAAGAGCUCGCCUGGGAAUAAAUAUUUAUUUCGGAAAGGUGCCAUGAUUUCAAAAAAUAGACAAAUAUGUUAAGUAUAUGUUCAUGAGUUUUUUUGAUUCUAGAGAGGUGGUGUUUUAUAAGAUUUGUUUUAUUUUUGUAAACAGAAAGGCUUUCUGUUGAGGCAGAUCUCUUCAGACCAGACAUGGAUAUCUAACUGAAGCCACGCCUACAGGAAGCGGGCUUCUCUUUGCACCUUACCCCUGCUGCAGUUCUCUGUAUUACAUAUUUCUGAUUAUUAAAUAUUCACAACCUUGGAAACAAAGCUGGAACAUUUAGGGAGAAAAACAUUGACUGUGCUGCCAAAAAAAAUUUUAUCAGUGGUUUUAUUAUUCUAAUAAUAUUUAACUAAUACCCUAAAAAAACUUGACCAAUGCAGCUGAGCCUUUGUAGUAAUUUAAGUGUUGUCAAUUUAAAGGGAUAGUACAAACUGUUUGAAGUGAGGUUUAGUUAAAGAGAUUCUAGGUUGCCCCCUCUAACAUCUUAAAACUGCUGCAAUCUCAAAACAGUUCUAGCGCUUAAUGUAAAGGUUACUUUAAAGCAUUAAACUGUUGUCAUGUUUGUUAUGGAUGGUUUUAUGCAGAUAAAGCUACAGAUUAUUACAACGCUCGGUGAAACGUAUACUGCUGAAGAGAAAGUGGUAAAUGUGUCCAGGUAGAGUAACUGUCAUGCAGUGUGAUGCUUUUCCUUCACACAGUUAUUUUGCUUUUUUUUUCUGCAGUACAUGUUUCACAUGAGAAGGUCAGAUUAUCAUCUGAACUAUCUUCAAGCAGCCACAGACUCAAAGUAAAUGUGAGCUAAAAUCACUUACGCUUGAUAAAGGCCCCACUGUCUUAUUUCAUUGAACUUUAUGAAACACAAACAAUGGCUGUCUGAUUGUAAAAGUAGUCAUAUAUAGCAACUGUUGGUUUCCUGCCUAGUUGGCCAUUAUUUAGUUAGUUUAAGCACAUAUAUUUAUGCUCUCAUGAUCAUUUGAUGUCAGAUUUUUAAACCCCCUUACAGCUUUUUCCACAUUACCUCCUGAAGUAAAGUCUGGGAUCAGGUGACCCCCUGGUUCCUGCUUUUGUGUUCAUUGCAUUAUGUCAUCUAACCACACGGUCAGCUAAAACAGGCUCCAAUGGCCACUUAAUGAAGUUUGUUUGCACCACUAAUGCUCAGCAUGAACUGAAGAUGCUAGAAUAAAGCUCCUUGUAUUGCUUUACAAUGAGCAGCUGUCUCAAAAUCACGUUCCACAGUUGGAAAAACUGUCCCAUUUAUGUCUUGUCAACCAAAUUCAAUCACAAAGGCAAACAUGCAUUUCUUUCAUAUAAAGUUUGUUUUCAGUUGAUCUAAAUGGUGGACCCCUCCUGUUUUUUGUUCAGUUUUUUGUCCUUGUUUGAAACAUCACAUGGCUCAAAGGGAAAAUUGCAGUAAGGAUCUGAUCAGUGAAAACCCAAUGUUGUAAUGUUGCAUCCAGUUGCAACCACAAUACAUAUCAGUUUUUUAUUUUGUUGAUUCUUUCCCCGAAAUGUUCCCUCAGGCCACCUGUAGCUAAAGCUGUUUUAAAAAUCGGGGGUUAAUUUCAGCACAAUUUUCAGAAACAAUGACCUGCCUAACAGAAGCAACCUGUUAGCUGAGGCUGGACAAACACAGAUCUCGUAAACCACAGUGCCCUAUCCAACCCUCACCCCUGAGAUAAUUCAGCAUGUCGGCAGGCAGUGCGAUCUACUACUGAGCUGUCUGUCAGUGUUUGUAGCCUCUUCUUAUUUAAGUUCCGUUCUGUCGAAUGGAAACCUGACUUGUUAAUUUAAAGAACUUUUUUGUAAGGUGUUUGUUGAAAGAAAGUGACAUUGCACUGACAUGAAAACAUGUACAUAAAGUGUUUUGUAAAUAAGCCAAUGAAAACUGUGUAUUUGAAUAUGAGCUGUACAAAAUAUUGUACUUGUAGUUGUAUAUGGAGUGAUACUGUUGAUCUGUAACAAAAUAACCAAGCAACAAAUUAAACUCUGCAGAGGAAAUGA